AGUUUUAAAUUAUUAUUUUGAUUUGAAUACGUAUAUUAAUUAAAAUAAAUCCAUUACUUUUAAUAUAAUAUAAUGUACUUCUAAUUUUUUUAAUAGCAUAAUCCUAUUACUUUUUUUCCUGACUUACCGCUAUCCAUGUUUCCAAACAACACUAUUUUUCUAACUGCUAUCUAUGUUGCCAAACAAAAGCUUAAGGUACUUCUACAUUAAUAAAAUACAUGCAAAGGCCUUACCAAUUGCAAAAACCUCAAAAAGAGUCAUAUAUAUUAGUUGUUAGAGACAAAUCAUUCACCUGAGAAUUGACAUAACAACUCAAUCAUGGUGAUGCCAUAUAAACAAAAAUUCAAAACAAAAAUUACUAACAAACAACCAAUAACUUAAAUUAAUAAAAUAGUAUAUCUCAUACAUAUCUCUUGCAAAGAUAAAUCUAAAAUACAAAUCACAAAAUCAUAUAAAAGAAUAAUAACCUACAUCACAAGUAAAGUAUAUCCCGUCCAUAGGGCGGGCCGACUCUAGUCUUUAUAUAUAAGGAAGACCUUGAAUCACUCCCAUGGAGUCCAGCUCGGAUGCCACGUCAUCAAUUCAUGCAUUCACAGCUUGACACCUGUCCAUCUAAUACUAAGCGCUGCGUUUCAUUUAUUUUUUUUCUAAUCCGGUUGGGCUUCAACUUAUAUUAGUCUGUCCAAUUGUUUUGUUAAGCCCACUAAGCUCAGUAGAAGUAAAGUGUAACAGGUCCUGUUUCUUAAUCUGUUCAUCCCUUUAGUCUUCUCCGCCGGAGGCAAUGCUAGGGUUUCAGUCUACUACGGCGCCGAUUGAUUGCUUUUACAGUUUCGAACGUUUCAUACUUCUUCUUCCUCCUGGUCCAGAAAUCAUUCGGUUACUGACUCAUUGCUAUUAAAUUCUUUCUUAACUCCAUCGUCACGAUCUAUCUUCAAUGCCACCUCUGCUCUUCGAAGGCGGUGGAGGUUCGACUAUAAAAAGUCCGGUAGAUGUUCUUCCACGGCUGAGGUUAGGUUAUUGUGUUCAGUGAUGCAACCUCCUUGAAGGUGUUGACUGAACCGAGUUCCCCGCUGCCUGAAGAAUGUUUCUGUUUUCGUAGUCGGAGUGAAAUGCUUGCUCUAGCAAACACCAGCUCUCAACUCUCGGACAUCAUUGGGGAGAUCACAGCGGUUAAGAGUUCCGUCAGUGACCUUCCGGGAGACAAAAAUCACUUGACGGCGACGCACAGACUCAUCCUUCACAUGUGUGCACUGCGACAAUACAUAUGCGGUUGGUACUCUCCGGUAUGUAACACACUGUAUUAUAUAGAUUAUGUUUCACCCUCACACGGAUACUUAACAGAGUUUAUCAAUUUCCCUGCAUCCGUUGAUAAUGGAGACAACGUGAAAAAGGGGGACGACAUACCAGUUGACAACACGGUUCCUGCUGAGGUUAAAACCGGGGGUAGCAGUCAGCAGGCAGCACCGGAUGCAACAGCAGUCCCAAAUGGUAAAGAACCACAGGAGCCUUCAGCCAAAGCAGCUCGCUUAAUGAUUUGGCAACAGAGUUACUUUAUCUCAAAAAAAUGCUUUUGCAUCAAUGUUGGUUUUGUUUUAAAUUAAGGAUGUUGUGUCUGCUUCUGGUUUUUUAUCUUCCUGAACAAUCUUUAUUUUCUGAAUUUCCUAUAAAAUUUAUGUUUGGUUCAAAGGUUUGUACGAUUAGUUUGAGUUUAUGCUAACCAUUAAUGUUUUCCUCGAAGGUA